AAAAACCCCACUGCCAUCUUCUUCUGGAAGCCUCCCCUGCGACUGCGAGAGCGACCCCCGCCGGCCCAUGGCGCCGCCGUUCGUCUACGCCCCGAGCUCCGGCGCCGGCACAUGCCAGGACGCCGCCAUCAAGGCGGCCUUCGACGGCGACCUCCGGCGCCUCAGAGGUAUUGUAAAGAGCCUCGACGACCCAAGGGUGAUCUUCUCUUUCGACAUGGGUGGUGGCAUUGGUGUGCUGCACAUCGCAGCCGUCGGAGGGCAUCUUGAGGUUUGCAAAUACUUGGUGGAGGAACUCGGGGGAGAUGUGAAUGCUCCUGCUCCUGGAAUAGGAGACUUUGCAGGUGUGACACCCUUUAUGUCAUCUGCUCAGUCUGGCGAUGUUUCUACUGUGAAGUAUUUGCUUGAUCAUGGCGGUGAUCUAACAAAGUCAGAUGCUAAAGGACGCACAGUUCUCCACCAUGCAGCAUGCAUAGGAAGCUGUACGGUCACCGAGUUCCUACUUUCAAAAGGAGUACCUGUUGACAUAGACUGUGGCCGUGGUACACCACUCCAUCAAGCUGCUACUAAUGAACAAGACAAAACAGUGAAGAUUUUGUUGGAACACCAUGCAGAUCCUAACGCCACUGUUGUCGGAAUUGGUACUGCCCUGAUGGGUGCCCUUCUUUACCGUUCUUUGAAGUGCAUGAAGCUGCUGAUCAAGGCCAGUAUUCUGUUUUCUAUAUCCGUUCAUCGCUAUGUUCUACCAUCUCAGCCAUGCUUUUGUGUCAAUCUACAUGGAGAGGGAGCCGUGACACGUUCUAUUCCACAAUCCUUUUUACAGGGUGGUGCUGAUGUCAAUCGAGGGAGCUCCCUUCCGAUGACUCCCUUAGUGUUCACUACAGGGUGGGGAGGCUAUACAAACUUUGUGAAGUUUCUGUUAAAGGCAGGAGCGGAUCCUAAUAUUCCUGAUGCUUAUGGUAACUUACCAAUAGAGCUUGCUGCUAUACGUGACUGCAUGGAAGAAGUUGAAAUGUUGUUUCCUUUGACUUCCCCAAUACCAACUAUCCCAAACUGGAGUAUAGAUGGAAUCAUCUCGCAUGCAAAAUUUGAAAGUGCAAAGCCACUGGAUGGAAGGCAGCUUGAACAAACAAAAGCUACACUCAAGGCACAUGCAGAUCAUUUAUUCAGGCUGAAGGACUACAAGGUGGCAUCAAAAGCAUAUGGUGUGGCAAUAGAUGUCGCGCCGAGUGCAACAUUGUACGCGAACAGGAGUCUUUGCAAACUGCUGCUGGAUGAUGGUGAAGGUGCUCUGUCAGAUGCUCUCAGAUGCAGAAUGCUGCGACCUAACUGGGUGAAAGCUUGCUACCGUCAGGCUGCAGCCCACAUGCUACUCAAAGAGUAUAAACAAGCUUGUGAUGCUCUCCUGGACGCUCAAAAGUUGGAUCCUGGAAACGUAGAGGUCGAGAGAGAGCUACGGAAGGCCAGGGAAUUAAUGAAAGCUCAUGGUGAGGCUGACAAGUGAAGCAUGCUUUGUUAGGGAAAUGCUCUUUUGGCUUGGAUUGGAGUAGUUGAUCAACUGAAUGUGAUGGUACUCAUGUGACCAGAAGGCUGGUGGUACCCAACUUAAAAGUCUAACUCUAGAGUCGUUCAAUUUCUAUAGUCUUCCUACUGCCACUUGUUGACUGCAUGCUGAGAGGAUUUGGUGUGAAAAUGCGCUGUAAAACUUGUUUGACUCGCAUCACAAGUUUUAUUACCAGAUCUAGCACAAAUACCCUAUCUCUGUUGAAUAUUUGCUGAGUUUUCAGACAUCAGUAGAGAAGAAAAAGUGAAGCAGUACUACCCUCUCAUUUGCA